UGUCGACAACGCUAUAUUUAUGAGACACGUUUUGGACGCGCUGUGGAUUUUGUAGUGACAGUUUACAGUUAAACUCGAUUAAAUAUCUUACGGAAAUUCACGCGGGAAUCUUCACUAUUAAGUAACGAGUUGUCCAUACGCCACGUGUCGUUUCUUUAUUAGUCCCCUAUUCUUCACUUUCAUACUUUCGUUCCAUUUUCAGCAACAGUUUCAAACCAGAGCAGAACCAUUCAUUUCUCAUUCAUCACUUUCAAUGGCUACUCAAAACCCUAAUCCAAGAAAUUCACUCUACCCUCAAGUUAUCGAUUCCAAUCCCGAUGCUCCUUCUCAACUCCAUCACACCAAUCCUUCAAAUCUCUAUCCUUCAAUCGACUUCAACGAUCUCGUUCAAAAUCUCUUCCCCGACGAUAUCACCGCCGGAAGCAAUCCUACUUCACCUUCUGCACCGCCGGAAAAAACCACCGAAGAAGAAAUCCUCGUCAAGAUCCCCGGUGCCAUUCUCAACCUUAUUGAUAAAGAAUACAGUGUCGAACUCGCUUCCGGUGACUUCACCGUCGUCCGUCUCCAUCAAGGUGAAAAUUCCAUCGCUGUCUAUGCUCGGAUCGCUGAUGAAAUCCAAUGGCCGCUUGCAAAAGAUGAAACCGCUGUUAAAGUCGAUGACUCUCACUACUUUUUCUCAUUCCGUGCACCUAAGGAUUUCGAUUCAGAUGAAGAAGAAGAAGAGGAUCGGAAUAAGAAGAACAAAUUUGACUCCGAUUUGUUGAGCUAUGGUUUAACGAUUGCGUCAAAAGGACAAGAACGUUUGUUGAAGGAGCUGGAUGUGAUUUUGGAGAAUUGCAGUAGCUUUUCUGUGCAGAAGGUUACGGAGAAGGCGAAGAAAGGAGAGGCGUUAGAUGGAUCGAUGGCGAAGGAGGUUUCCCCGAAGGAUUUGGAGUCGAAGAAGAAGAAGGAGGUAAUGGAAGGACAAUGUGCGGCGUAUUGGACUACAUUGGCUCCUAAUGUGGAGGAAUAUAGUGGAAGUGCUGCUAGGUUGAUAGCUUCGGGUUCUGGACAUGUGAUUAAAGGGAUUUUGUGGUGUGGUGAUGUGACUAUGGAUAGGUUGCAAUGGGGGAAUCAGGUUAUGAAGAAAAGGUUGGCUUCUGGUUCGCGUGCUACUGAGAUUAGUCCUCAAACCUUGAAGCGGAUUAAAAGGGUCAAGAGAGUGACCAAAAUGACAGAGAAAGUUGCAAAUGGGUUGCUCUCUGGAGUCGUGAAAGUGUCUGGAUUUUUCACCAGUUCAGUGGUAAACUCGAAGGCUGGAAAGAAGUUUUUCAGCCUUUUACCAGGGGAAGUUGUGCUUGCAUCAUUGGAUGGAUUCAGUAAAGUGUGCGAUGCUGUUGAAGUGGCCGGAAAAAAUGUCAUGUCAACGACAUCCACUGUGACAACUGAACUUGUCGAUCACAGGUAUGGAGAACAAGCUGCACACGCUACAAGUCAAGGGCUUGAUGCUGCUGGUCAUGCUUUAGGUACUGCAUGGGUUGCAUUUAAGAUUAGGAAGGCUAUUAAUCCUAAGAGUGUCCUUAAACCUACCAGCCUGGCCAAAACUGCUGCUAAAGCUGCAGCUUCUGAUUUUAAGUCUAGUAAGUCCAAGUCCAAGUCCAAGUCCAAGUAAUUUAUGGCAGAAACUAUUGUAAUAUAGUUUAGGUUUGACCAUCCUGCCAUCAAAAGCUGUUGCUUUCAGCUUUAAAUUUGCCGCUUUUUUCUUACGAAAGAAAGGGAGGGGCAUAUUAAUAUAGCAUAUUUGUUGUAUUUAUGGUUUUUUUUUCUGUGCAUGUGUAAUAUUUGGAUUUCUCCUGAUUUUUAUAAUAGGAUAUAAUCUUUAAAAAGCAUCAUAUUUAUCAUGUAAAGAUCAACAAUGUCUUGUAAUUUCCAACCAUGUUCUGCUUUCCAUA